GAAGGAAAUCAUCCAGAUGAUUACUCACGUGGUCUAACCUAUCGCAAACUGUUGGAGGAAGUAUGCCGAUUUGCCAAUGUCCUUAAGGAUCAUGGCGUACAGAAAGGUGAUCGUGUGUCCAUUUAUAUGCCCAUGAUUUUGGAAUUACCCAUUGCCAUGUUGGCCUGUGCUCGUAUUGGUGCUGUGCACUCGAUUGUUUUUGCCGGCUUCUCUUCAGAUUCGUUGGCAGAACGCAUGGUGGAUUGUCAGGCCAAAAUUUUAAUAACUGCUGAUGGAGCUUGGCGCGGUGAAAAACCUUUGUACCUGAAAGCUUUAUGUGAUGUAGCCUUGGAAAAGGCCGAAGAAAUGGGUCAUGCUGUGGAAAAGUGUAUAGUGGUGUCACAUUUGAAGCGGGUUACUCCCUGCCAGGAGAAUCAUGUGGAACAGGAUAUACCGUGGACUGAAGAUCGGGAUUAUUGGUGGCACGAGGAAAUGGAAGAUAAAGAACCAGCCUGUUAUCCCGAAUGGAUGGAUGCCGAAGAUCCUUUGUUUAUGUUGUAUACCAGUGGUUCGACUGGUAAACCCAAGGGAGUCUUACACACCACAGCGGGUUAUUUGUUGUAUGCUGCCACCACAUUUAAGAUUGUCUUCGAUUACAAGCCCGGAGAUAUUUACUGGUGUACUGCCGACAUUGGCUGGAUUACCGGUCACACUUAUGUCGUCUAUGGCCCUCUUGCCAAUGGAGCUUCAUCGGUUAUUUUUGAGGGCACUCCUUUCUAUCCUGACAACGAUCGCUAUUGGGGUGUGAUUGAUAAGUAUAAGGUAACCCAAUUCUACACAGCUCCCACAGCCAUUAGAGCUUUGAUGAAAUUCGGCGAUAGCCUGGUUACGAGACACAAAUUGGAUCACUUAAAAGUUUUGGGCAGUGUGGGUGAACCUAUUAAUCCAGAGGCCUGGUUAUGGUAUUACCGCGUUAUCGGCAAGGAAAGAUGUUCCAUUGUCGAUACCUUCUGGCAAACAGAGACUGGUGGUCAUGUUAUUACACCUUUGCCUGGCUGUACACCCAUGAAACCAGGAUCAGCGUCGUUCCCCUUCUUUGGUGUUAAACCUAUUCUCUUGGAUGAAGCGGGUAUUGAAAUCAAAGGUGAGGGCGAAGGUUAUCUAGUGUUUCCUCAACCUUGGCCCGGCAUGAUGCGUACCUUAUUCAAUAAUCAUGCCCGUUAUGAGGAAACAUAUUUCUCGAAAUUCCUUGGCUACUAUUGUACCGGUGAUGGAGCUCGUCGUGAUGCCGAUGGUUAUCUAUGGAUUACAGGACGUGUGGAUGAUAUGUUGAACGUUUCCGGCCAUCUAAUGUCCACCGCUGAGGUGGAAUCAGUCUUAACAGAACAUCCCCGAGUUGCCGAAUCUGCAGUGGUGGCCCGUCCUCAUCCCGUGAAGGGUCAAUGUUUGUAUUGUUUCAUAACCCCCAAUGAGAAUGAAACAUUUGAUCCCAAAAUGGUUUCGGAGCUCAAGAAAUUGGUGAGAGAACGCAUUGGUCCUUUUGCCAUGCCUGAUGUAGUGCAACAUGCUCCAGGUUUGCCCAAGACAAGAUCUGGUAAGAUUAUGCGUCGAGUAUUACGUAAAGUGGCUGUUAACGACCGCAAUGUUGGUGACACUUCAACGCUGGCCGAUGAGACCAUAGUAGAGCAGUUAUUUGCCAAUAGGCCCGUAGAAAGCAAGUAAAUGCAUAUUCAUUAGUGAUAAAAGUAGGAAAGAUAUACUAAAAUGCUAUGAAACAGAACAAUUCCCCAAAUCUCAACACUUCCCCAAGCUGAAACACACACAAAAUGAAGAACAAUUAACAGAGGCUUAUGGAAUAUCCCUACUCCUCCUACAAUAUAUAUAAAAAUCUCGGUAAACAAAAAAUGAAUUAAGCGGCUUAAGAAAGGCUUAAUGUUAAUAUGAAAAUGCUAAAAAAACCCAAAUCCUAUGAACAUUUUUCUUGAACCCAAAAACAAGUGGGACCACUUUCUCAAGCUCUGGUUGCAGCUUAACGAAUCGAUAAAUAACGAUUAUAUGCUAAAUGCAAUUUUUCCUUUAUUGAAACAAUUUCUUGAUGUGUAUUAGAUUAUAAUCAUUUUUUUAUGACACGAUGAAUCAUAAGUAGAAAAAGAGAAACUGGUCCCUUGCCUAAUACUCUUCAAAAGGAGUAUGAGAUUUGUUUAAAAUUCAAAUCCUAACAACAAAAACCUGUAAAUUUCUUAUUAUUAUACACAUAUUUAAUUUUUAGUUCUUCUAUUAAGUUUAAAUCAUAGUUUAAUUAAACUUAGGUUAAUUAUUACAACACGUUUGUAGUCGGCAAAAAGAAGGGGGCUUAGAUUGCAGUGGGUAAAACAAUAUCUCGUUUCGAUUUAUCGAAAAUUGUUGCUUGCUCUAGAUGUUAUUAACUACAACAAAAUAAACCCCUAAAAUGUUGUUGAUACAAGAAUUGUUGUUGAAUAGGAAUUUUCUUGUUUUUGUUUAUUAAGUUUAAUUUAAAUUACACAUUUAAAUAUAAAUAUAUGAACGAUAA